GAGCAGCAACAUGUCUGCUAAGCUUGUUGCACGCACGGCUCCGCCGUACAAUCAUUUUACACAAAUUGGUGAUCCCGUGUUGAGGCUACAAUCAGAGCAAGUGUCGUCGGAGCAGUUGGACUCCAAGGAGAUUCAUGACAUUGUGCAGCAGAUGGUUCAGGUGCUGCGGCACUAUGAUUGCGUGGGCAUAGCAGCGCCACAAAUAGGCGUGCCACUGCGUAUUAUUGCUAUGGAGUUUCAUGAGGGCAAGCGUCAACAGUUUACGCCGGAAGUUUAUGCGCAAAGAAAAAUGUCUACGCUGCCAUUAGCAGUGUUCAUCAAUCCAACGCUUGAGCUGCUUGGCGAGGAGCAGAACACACAUCCCGAGGGUUGCAUGAGUGUGCGUGGCUACUCCGCUGAAGUGGAACGCUAUGAUCGCGUAAGAAUCAGCGGCAUUGGCAUGUUGGGAACUCCUUCUGUGCUGGAACUGUCAGGCUGGAGCGCGCGCAUUGCACAACACGAAAUGGAUCAUUUAAACGGCAUUAUUUAUAUAGAUCGUAUGAUUGUUUCUAGUUUUAUGUGCAAUACCUGGCAAAAGAUCAAUGAAGCUGGCGGCUGCGCUGCCAUUGAGUUUCAAAAAUAAACGAAACUGCAGCUAGAGAUGGUCGAUAACUUGUUCAUCUUGUCACAGUGACAGCUCACAAAUCAAAUGGCGGUUAUUUUAAAUGCAUAAAUAUGCAAUGCUUAUUUGUAACUCCAUUAAAAAUACAAUAACAUUUCGCAGUAAAUAUAUUGAUUUGAAACAUUAACAUUUUGCUAAAUGCCAACAUCAAAAUCUUAGCAGCCAAAAAUAAUCGUUACUUUUAACACUAACAAGUGCUUUUAAAAUACUUAUGGCAAAAAACAUAU